AUUCAACUCUGAACGCUAACUGUGAUAACGACUCACCUAUGCCACCAAUUCAGUUAUAUGUAUUAAUGUAGUGUCAAAGAUCACUCGGAACUGUUCUGUUGUUUUCUUAAAUUAAGCAGUUCAGUAUAUUUUUUUGAAAUCCUUCAGCUGACAAUGGACAAAUUCAUUCACAAAUUCAGGGUGAUCAAGUUACAAGAUUACCCCUUCAUAUUUUAGAAUUUGCUUAUCUAAAAGUACAUUAUCUACAUGUUUAAUUAUGGUAAUUAAACUAUACAUAAUUUUACUGUGAAAUGUUAAAACAAUUUUAGAUACAGAAAGAAAUUAAUAAUUGAUACAUUUUGCUAUGGGAAAGAUCAUACCUGUAGAUUGUCUCGCAGUAUCUACGCUAUACUACAUUUUAUAUUGGUGGGAAGUAAUUUGACAAGGAAACCAAGUGUAAAUUUUGUUUAAACCUUCAAAAAAUGUGUGUUUUAUAUAAAUGAGAUGUUACAACAAACGGUAAACAUUCAUUUUGUAAAUCUAUACUUUAAAUAAACAUAACGCUAAGUCAUACUCAGGACAUUUAGAACAAACACAUAUAGUGUGGAAAUACACUUGCAUUUAUUAGCGCUUAAUUAUCGGUUUGUUCCAAGAAAUAUUUGGCGCAAAUAUCGCUAAAUAGCCUCGGAAAAUAAAAGAAAUCGGAGGAAGUUUUAAAUAUUAAACGUGUUCCUCUUAUCUUAUUGAUAAUAUGGAUAUGACGGAUAAACAAAGUAAAAAGAUGUUUCAAAGAAGUGCUACAACAGAUGCAGUUACUAUGGAGGAUACACAAGAAAAUACAGAUCACGACGAUAACGGUCAAAAAAGAAUUAGAAAAUCGGUAUCCAUGGACACUGGUCAAGCACAAAUUAUCAAGAAGACACUUUCUGGAUCCAUACAUCGGAAAAGAAUCAGUAAACGCCGACCGGAACCGGAAUACGGGCGAGAUACCGAAACAUACGAGAAAAUUCGAGAACGAGUUCUGCAGGAACGGGCAGUGACGAACGCUAUUGAUGCUUUACAUGAACGCUGGAGGAUAGUUUUGAACUCGUAUGUGAAAUGUGUAGCAAUGAAUGACAAAAGAAAAGACUUGAAGUUAAGGAAACUUUCUGUGAAGAGACAGUUUGAACUAAUUGUUAUAAUAUUGAUAUUUUCGAUUAUAUGCAUAAUUAUAUCUGUGAUUUUUGUGUCUAUAAAUAUGUAGUUCUAGCAAUGUAAAUAUUUGUUAAAUUGGUAUUAUUAUUUUAUUGUAAUAUAAAGCCAUUAAAAGUAUUUUAUGUCCCUGGGUAUUUUCAUAGCAGGAUGUGUGGUUAAGCAUUAUAUACUGCUGUUUGCACCAUAUUAACUGAAAACGUGUUACACCCUCUGAUAAAUCCACCACAAACAUACUGAUCUUAUGGGUAUUUCCCCUUUAUUAUAUGGAAAUGCGGUUAAAAUGUUGUCUUCCUUUACACCGAUUGUUAAAAAUUGAAUGUCAAAAUAUUUAUGACAGCAAGUUCCAUCAGCGAUUUUUAUUACCGACAGCAAAUUAAUAUAUGUGGUAUUUCGUGGCGAUGGGCAUGCGAUAGAGGU